UGGGAGACCAGAUAUAGUGAAUGCGGGGUCCGGGAAGACCAGAUAUAGUGAAUGCGGGGUCCGGGGAGACCAGAUAUAGUGAAUGCGGGGUCCGGGGAGACCAGAUAUAGUGAAUGCGGGGUCCGGGGAGACUAGAUAUAGUGAAUGCGGGGUCCGUGGGAGACCAGAUAUAGUGAAUGCAGGGGUCCGGGGAGACCAGAUAUAGUGAAUGCAGGGUCCUGGGAGACCAGAUAUAGUGAAUGCAGGGUCCGGGGGAGACCAGAUAUAGUGAAUGCAGGGUCCGGGGAGACCAGAUAUAGUGAAUACAGGGUCCGGGGAGACCAGAUAUAGUGAAUGCAGGGUCCGGGGAGACCAGAUAUAGUGAAU